AUGAGUAACGAAGGUGAAUCUUCACAAGCAUCAAACAAGUAUAUAGUGACAUUAAGCAGUGAUGAUUGUUCAAUGUGUGGUUGGCAACUUGAUAAAGAUCAAUCUGUAGAACAAAUAGAAGACAAACUCAUCGAUCUUAAAGAAAUAUAUUCUAAAUCGAACUACUCAACUUUAUAUACAGUUUCAAAUAAUAAAUCUGUUGUGAUAGAAACAUCCUGGAAAAUAACUGUUUUUAAUCUUACUAUCAAGAAAAAAGUAGACCUAGAAUUAAAUCAAGGAGUCUUUGAUAAAAUUCUUGAUUCAACUGAUAUUUCAAAUAAUCCAAAUAAUUUAGAGGAAACAAGCACAAAUAUGUUUACAAGUUUAAAUACAGCAUAUUUGGCCAUAUAUAUAAUGUUAACAGGCAAUUCAUCCUAUUUGUCAAAUUGGUCAUUAACUGAAAAUUUAACAUUAAUGUUCUUAUCAAACAAACAAAAAAGAGCUAUUUUUACUUCAAAGGGCAAAGGUAAUAAAGGUGCUUGCACACAAUUUCAACAUAAAAUUUCUUGUCCAUAA